UCUAUAAAACAAACAUACACAUAUUAGUCAUAGGGUGAUUACUUACAUAAUUUAUAACUUCAUACUGGUUUUAGCACAAAGUAAAAACAAUGCAUUAAACUGUUAAUAUUUACAUAGAUAUAUAUUUCCAUCUCUUUGUUCUCUGCUUUUACCAACAACAAUUAUCAUUAUCUGUAUCUUUUGUACAGUUUUUUUGGCGCAAAAAGUUGAAGUCUUGUCUCAAGUGACUGGAUAUGUUGGCCAUGAUGUCACCCUGCCAUGCAGUUUUAUUCAAGGGACAAAUGAUUCCAAUGUUACUCAGAGUCAGUGGGACUUCCUGUCACCAGAUGGAAAUAAAACUCUUAUCAUGGUCUUUAACAAACAAUAUGGAAAAAGUGUUCAUGAGUCUCAUUUGAAGGGGAGAGUGGACAUGGAUGGUCAAUCGUUACAAAUUAAGAAUGUGGCAUUUUCAGAUGCCGGGUCUUACAUCUGCAUUAUUAACACUUUUCCAUCUGGAAAAUUUGAAAGCACAACCAAACUUGAUGUUCAAGAACUGAAACCUAUGCCGUCUUGGUAUAUUUAUGUAAUAGUUUCUUGUUUCUUGCUCCUGCUGCUGAUCCUGUCAGUCACUGCGUACUUCUUCUGCAGAAGAUGUGACUGUAAAAGGGGACAUGAACAUCAACAAGGGAAUGCACGUAUAUGUGAGACAGACCUUUCUGCAGGAAAGGAGGAAGUGGUCUACGCUGGUGUGAAGAUUAAGAAAACCAAGAAAGCUUCUUCGUCUAAAACCAAGCAUGAAGACUCUGCACACUCUGACAAUGUCAUCUACUCUCAUGUAAAUGUUUUUCACCAACAAAAUUAAUGAAUCCAUGUUUGAAGUGAAUCUGUAUUUCCCUUACAUGUGUGUUAUUUUUAUCUGUGAAUUAAACAACAAAGCCUUUUAGCAGCUCAGGUCUGAGCAUGUGCACUCAUGUCAGACAGAAAUAGACAGAGGACGACAACUCAGAACAGAAACUGAUACUUAGUGUGAAAUUAAUAGUGGGUUGGAAAGAUAAUUUUUUGGAAGCUUUGAGAAAAUUAAUUUUUAGAUAUGAUUAAAUAAAACAUUUUGGAAACAAAACAUUUUUUUGUGUUUAUAAUAAUCUCAAUUGCUGCUUUACAUAUUUGUUGUAGUUUUUUUUCCAAAAUUGGUAAAACUACCUUUCUGAAUUCACACAACUAACUCCUCUUAAAUGUAUUUUCUCUAAAAAUAUUGUUGUACUGUUCUACUUCCACACUGGAAAGUAGAAGCAGCUACUAAGGCUUUUCUUCUAAAACCUCAGUUCAUAAAACAUUGAUGAAUAAAAAUACAUUUUCUGUCUUUAAAGUUGACAAAUCUCGUGAGAAUGUUACAACACCCAGUUUACUCUGCACAAAAGUGCUGACCUGCCAAAGUUUGGUAUAUGUUCACACUAAUAAUCUAAAAUUUUCAUGUGCUAAAAAGGAGGAUGAUGCUAAUAAAAGAAGCAAAGCGGAGCUUUGACAGUUUAUAGAGAAAAGCCACUUUGAUACAAGUCUGUGCAAAAGCCUCAAGAUUGAGGAACUUCAAAUGAGAAAAAGAUUCUGGCACGACAUUCAUGGUUAAUUUUUCUUUUUUCGCGUGUUUCUGACUGAGUUCCUCUGAAACAACGGGAACAGGGUUGCAAAACUGUGUUGCUACACGAAUGCAAUGUAGAGUGGUAAAGUUGAUCUUUGUGAUUCUGUGGUUGAAGAGUGUUAACAACAGGAAGCAGACAUCUGUGUUGUCCCCUAAUCUUGUUCUGUAAACAGAAUGAGGCUACAAAGUGUGAGACAUGGUGUGAAAAUGGGAUGUUUCUUGUGAUGUUUUUUGUUGAAUAAACCUUUUUAGAAACAUGAAGAAAAAAAAGCUUUUUCAUUUUUCUUGGAGACUUGAAACUUAACUAAAUUGCAAUAAUUAAACCUUAUUUAAGAUUGUCUAAUAGAGUUGUAAAAGCAAAUAAAGCAUGACACUUCCUGUCUGACUGGUAAA